CGCAGCAGCCGCCGCGGCCCGGGCCGGCCGCGCCGUCGGGCGCCGCCGCGAUGCUGCCCUGGAAGAGGCACAAGUUCGAGCUGCUGGCCGCCGAGGAGGCGCCCCCGGCGGCGCCCUCCGCCUCCGCCUCCGCCUCGCCGCCCUCCCGCGGCCCGGCGGCGAAGGGCUCGGGCGUUGGCGGCGGCGUUGGCGGCGGCGUCCUGCCCUGCGCCUGCCCGGCCGAGAGCGCGCUGAGCCGGGUGGGCCACCUGUUCCGCUCCAAGCGGCAGAAGUUCCGCGUGAGCCGCGAGGCGCCCACCUACACGGUGCUGUACCUGGGCAACGCCACCACGCUGCAGGCCAAGGGCGAGGGCUGCACCGACGCCGCCGUGGGGCGCAUCUGGGCGCGCAGCGAGGGCGGCCGCCUGGGCACCAAGAUGAAGCUGACCAUCGGGCCGCAGGGCAUCCGCCUGGCGCCCGCCGCCCCCGCCGGCGCCGAGCCGGCGCGGCCGGGCCACCUGUACCUGCUGCACCGCGUCACCUACUGCGUGGCCGACGCGCGCCUGCCGCGCCUCUUCGCCUGGAUCUACCGGCACGAGGGCCGCCACAAGGCCGUGCUGCUGCGCUGCCACGCCGUGCUGGUCUCCAAGGCCGAGAAGGCCCGCGCCAUGGCGCUGCUGCUCUUCCAGACCUCGGCGGCCGCGCUGGCCGACUUCCGCCGCCUCAAGAAGCGCGCCGACGCGCGGCGCCAGCAGCUCCAGCAGGCCGGGCCCGCCGCCCUGCCGCUCGUGCCGCUGCGCAGGCUGCUGCUCCGCGCCGGGCCCGGCGGCGCCUACAAGCCGCCGGCCGAGCGCGGCCGCAGCGCGCCCAAGCUGGGCUCCAUCACCGAGGACGCGCUGGGCGAGGAGCUGGAGGAGCGCGCCGCCCGCCUGGCCCGCGCCCGCCACCCGCCCCGCGACGGCGGCGAGGAGGCGGCCGGGGAGGAGGACGACUGCGACGGUGACGACGACGACGACGGGGAGCUGCUGGCCCCGCUGGCCGAGGGCGAGGCCGGGCCGCCCCCCAGCCUGGGCCGCCUCAUCCGCGACCUGGGCCGCCUGGCCAUCGGCAACGACCCGGCCCUGCUGCGCGCCGACCUCCGCGUCACCCGCCUGCUCUCCGGCGAGAGCACCGGCAGCGAGUCGUCCAUCGAGAGCAACGGCCCCGACGGCGGCUCCCCGCCGCAGCCCUCCGCCGGCCGGGACAGCCCGGAGCCCGACAGCGCCUGAGCGGCGGCGGCCCGGCCGGAGGGGCGAGAGCCGCGCCCGCCGCCUGAGCCGCGAGCAGCCCCGCGCAAGGGCUUAGGACCCCCGACUCGCCCGCAACGCUGCCCGCCCCAGGCCCGGGCCUGCCAAAUGACUCUCCACGCCUGCCGCUGCCAGCCCGGCCUUGCGUCGCCCGCCCUGGUCGGCGCGAGAAGUUUUGCACUGCGGUGAAGAAGCUCCUGGCGCCCCCUUCGUCCCGUUCCCGUUUUUAAGUUAUGUCCGCAGUGGUGGUUCUCCAGGCUCCACCUGCCCGUCUUGGUGUUUCUAUCUCUCUUUUGCUGUGCAAAAGGCAGCUAGUCAAGGUGGACGUUCACUUCAACAGACGGAACAAGCAAAUGUGAAUCAGAUACAUUUUGUUAUUGGGGGGAGGACACCCGCCCCGCCCCCGCCCCGGACCAGAACCCUCCUUUUCUGUUGGACUGUUUUGCACCCAAGUGGAGGUAAUAAAGAGGAAGGUA